ACCACCACUUUCUGUUUGUUUGAAAGACACUGACAUUCUCGUUGCUGUUUUAUGUAUUGAUCCGAUUGUGGCGCUGACUCGAGCCUCCCGAGCCCCGGAUUGGGAUGAAGGCGCCUCUCUGAAUGGCCACGAUGGAAGGAUCUAGCGGGUCGAGCUUUGGAAUAGACACGAUUUUGUCUAAUAGCGGUUCCGGCAGCCCCGGCAUGAUGAACGGAGACUUUCGCCAGCUAAACAGCGAUGCCAGGACAGCGGAUUUUAGAAACCAGGCCACCCCGUCCCCUUGUUCGGAGAUAGACACAGUAGGGACGGCUCCUUCGUCCCCCAUCUCAGUCACCAUGGAGCAUCCCGAGCAGCAUCUGGUGCAAGAGCAUCACCAUCUCCAUCACAGCCAGCAGCAGCAGCAACAAAGUUUGCAGCAAUCACCCCAACAGCAACAACAGUUGGGCUCGGGCAACUCGGCCCCCAGGACUUCCACCUCUUCUUUUUUAAUUAAAGACAUUUUGGGCGACAGCAAACCGCUGGCGGCUUGUGCACCUUACAGCACCAGUGUCUCUCCCCAUCACACCCCAAAACAAGAGGGCAACGCAGCCAACGAGAGCUUCAGGCCAAAACUAGAGCAGGAGGACAGCAAAACCAAACUAGACAAACGCGACGAUACGCAGAAUGAUCUCAAAUGCCACGGGACGAAAGAAGAAGGCGAUCGGGAGAUUACAAGUAGCCGGGAUAGCCCCCCAGUCCGAGCGAAGAAACCUCGGAAGGCGAGGACGGCCUUUUCGGACCAUCAGCUCAAUCAGUUGGAGAGGAGCUUUGAGCGGCAGAAGUAUUUGAGCGUGCAAGACCGCAUGGACCUUGCUGCGGCUCUCAACCUGACCGACACGCAGGUCAAAACCUGGUACCAGAACCGGAGGACGAAGUGGAAGCGGCAGACGGCGGUGGGACUGGAGCUGCUGGCCGAAGCUGGGAAUUAUUCUGCUCUCCAGAGGAUGUUCCCCUCUCCCUAUUUCUACCACCCGAGCUUGCUGGGCAGCAUGGACAGCACGACAGCGGCUGCAGCGGCGGCCGCCAUGUACAGCAGCAUGUAUCGGACUCCCCCAGCUCCGCACCCUCAGCUCCAGCGGCCCCUGGUGCCCCGCGUGCUCAUCCACGGCCUGGGGCCCGGGGGUCAGCCCGCGCUCAACCCCUUGGCCAACCCUAUCCCGGGUACCCCGCACCCCCGGUGAGAGCUCACCGCUGUCCCAGCAACUAGCCCCCACCACUCCCCCCAAAUAAAAACCGGCCACCAAAAGCAGGAGCUAAGCAACUGAGGGGGAGAUGAAAGGGGGCCAGGAGCUUCUGAAGGCAGCCAAGAGCCAGCCACGGAGACGAUUCCAUCAGAGCAGGGACUUUAGAACCAUGAACCCAGAGCCGAUCCAGUAAGUGAAACAAACCCAUCGAACAAACCUCCAGGAGCUCGGAAGGAGAGACAGCGGGAGGGAGGGAGCCGGACCCGAGCCAGCAGAGACUCCGGAGCACAGAGGGAUACAAAGAACAAACCUCCCGUCACACAGCGCGGAAGACCGGGGUAACGGAGAACUUUGCACUGAUUUCUCAUGACCUUUUUUCUUAUUGAAAAGUGGCAUGCUCCGUAAUCUGAAAGGAAAUGUACAUUUGAACAGACUGAGUGCGAAGUGAUAUAUCAUAUUUAUUAUAUGUUGUCAAAAAUUCACUUAUAUACCUUACUAAAAAAAUACAUGAUUUCGCCCCCUUCUCCCUUUUCAUGUCUUUUUGAAUUCAGUAAAAUAAAUGCUUA